AUGGAGACCUACUACGGGCAUGUCCGCACCCCCGCGGACGCCAUCAUUUUGUUCGAGGCCUGUCGUAUUGGCCUCUUGCCACGAGUGCAGCGUCGACUCUCCGAGAAGGAGCGCCAAUCCAUUCGAUCUGGCUCCGUAUUCGUAUGGGACGAGCGAGAAGCGGGCAUGCGACGCUGGACUGACGGCAAAUCAUGGAGCGCCAGUCGUGUGUCCGGGAGCUUCCUGACUUACCGAGAGAUGGAAGGCAAGCGAGGUGGCGGCAGUGUGUCUCAGCCCUCAGUAUCGCGAGGAGGAAAGACUCCCGAGAGCACCCGUGGCAGUGACGAAGACCGAGGUGACGGAACCGAUGAGGGCCCCGAUGGCUAUCGGUAUAAGCCUGAUGGCUUGAUGAAGCAGUCGUUCAGUAUCACCACCUCCACUGGCCAACAUCUUCACCUCAUCAGCUACUUCUCCCGCUCCCACCCCUCGGCGGCCAACCUACAACAACCCUCCUCAGAUCCCGCCCUUCGACAUGUCCGACCCCAAAAGGGCCUGUAUCCGGAGUCGACUGUCAACGACCAGCAGAACCUCCCAGUUGUGACGCGGGGGCCGAUGACGGGAGCAACAUAUCCCAUUACACCGCACCCAAUGGGUACCUAUGCCCGCGCGACACAUCCCCCAUCCUACACCCCUUCGUAUGCCUGGCCUCCCACCCCGUUGGCCACUCCGCCCACAGUGGCCGUGCCAUAUCCCGGUGCUGCUGCCUACCUUCCCCCUGUGCCCGCUAGCAAUGGUCCCCCUCCCGCCUACAGCCAGCCACAACAUCAAGUGCCGCCUCAUCAACAGCCUCACCACCAUGCGCUACCUCCUCCACCUCCACAGGUCCUCUCCGGUCCGUAUGAACGGCCUCACCCAGAACCAUCGAUGGCUGCUGGUCUUCCUGCGGGACCCCCAUCUUACCCAGGGCGUUCUCCUCGGUUGAUCCACGAUGCACCCCACGAGCAGCGGAGCCCCCGAGUCUACGGUCAUGUCGUUGCUGACAAUCGCAUGUCAUCCCCACGAGUACCAUCUGGUUCUUUAUCACAAGCGAACGGAGCUAGCCGCAGCCCGCACUUGUUGAAACAGACUCCUCCAAUUCCUGUGCGGCAAUUAGCGGUUAUGGGAACUCCCCCCAAGUCAGAACCCAACUCUGUUCCCGGCAUUAGUUCAUUGAUGAACAGCGCAUCACUGGCUCCGAUCACAUCUAUCGGUAGCCCUGCGACUGGGCCUGGAAGCCCGCCUAAUGCUCGGGCUUCGGUCACCGGAGAUGGACCACGAGAUAUUCCGAGCGAUAAAAUUGGUUUCGGUGGCGAGGACAUGAGAGCACUGCGCCAGCUGGACCGGGUCUUCACUGCAUAA